AUGAGAGCAUUUCUGAAAUAGCUUGAGGACGGCCUCAAAGUUAUGAAAGAACUUAAAAAUCUACCUUGGCUCAAAGAUAUAUUAGCUAAUUCUACUCCUGAAUAAAUUGAGGAAGUUUUUAUUGUCAAGAUCAGAUCUUGCUGUGUGCUGUUUGAUUUUAGCAAUGAUAAUAAUAAGCAUAUGGAGGAAAAAGACAUUAAGAGGAAAAUACUGCUCGAAUUAAUAGCUUUUUUAGAACAGCCACUGUAAUAGAAAUAAUCAGUAUUGACAGAGAGGGUUACUUUCAAUGGUAAAAUUGGAGAGGAAAGCAUUGAAAAUAAGAUCAUAAGCGGUGAUCCUGAUGAAGAGUAAAUCUUCCUUGAAGAGUCUUGGCCUCAUAUAUAAAUUGUCUAUGAACUAUUGCUAAGAAUAAUUAUCUAGCCAAGUAUCGAUGUGAGAAUUCUCAAAAAUCACAUAACCUAGGAUUUUGUCUUGAAGUUGAUUGCCUUGUUUAAAUCUCCUGAUCCUCGAGAAAGAGAUUACCUGAAGACAAUAAUACACAGAAUAUAUGGCAAGUUCAUGGUUUAUCGAAGCUUCAUUAGAAAAGUGGUCUCAUCUUACUUGCUUAAAGUAGUAGUGGACGAUUAUGAAGACUAAUUUGGGCAUUCGGAAUAUCUAGAAAUUCUAGGUUCAAUUAUUACAGGAUUUGCAGUCCCACUAAAGGGAGAACAUAGACAGUUGUAUGAGCAGUGUUUGAUCCCACUGCAUAAAUCAAAUCAUGUUCAAAGCUAUCACUAGCAGCUGGUGCAAUGUGUAUUAUCAUAUUUGGAGAAAGAUCCAAGCGUCGCCGAUUAGUGCAUUAAGUUUAUGUUUAGAUACUGGCCAGUUACAAACCCAAACAAAGAAGUUUUGUUUCUAAACGAACUUGAAGAAAUACUUGAAGUCACGACAAAUGAUGUAGUAGAAAGAGUUGGCAUUCAUAUUAUAAAGAGACUCAAUAAAUGUAUCAUUAGCGAUCACUUUUAAGUAGCUGAGAGAUCCUUAUUCAUGUUCAAUAAUGAUAAACUCAACUGGCUAGUUAAAACUCAUAAGGAGACUGUGAUGCCUAUUAUUAUAGAAGGACUUAUGAAAAAUGCUAACUCACACUGGAAUGCAACCGUCCAAGGGCUAACAUUCUACGUCUUAAAAAUACUAGUUGAGAUAGACAGCUAAUUAUUCGAUUAAGUCAGUGAAGAUUAUUACAAUAGGUCAUAAAAUGAAAUACUUAAAAGGGCCCGAUUAGAUUAGAAAUGGAGAAGACUUGAUCAAAAGAUUUAAUAUAGAAUUUCCCAUAAAUGA